AUGUCUAACCGACCUGGCGAUAUGGGAAUGGAUGUACAAAUCAACCGUAGGUUGAAUAGCAGAUACGAUCCAGACACCGAGAAGGAGGUUGUCCAGUGGAUCAAUGAGGUGACAGGUGAGAGUGUACCUCUCGGUCGUGAGAACUUCGCCGCUGCUCUCAAGAAUGGUCAAAUCCUUGUCAAGUUGGUGAACAAGGUAUACGAAGGUACGGAUCCUCUCCCACGAACUGUGAAGAAGAAGCAUCCUUUCAGAGCCAACACUAUGUCUGCUCCUUUCAAACAGAUGGAAAAUAUUCAAAUCUUCUUGACAGCUAGCGAAGCCUAUGGCGUACCACGCACAAGUCUUUUCCAAACGGUGGACUUAUAUGAAAUGCGAAAUAUGGCUCAAGUCUUGAGCUGUCUUCUUCAACUCGGUACUGAAUGCCAACGGAACAACUUCAAAGGCCCAACUUGCGGACCUAAACCAACCUACGAAAACAAACGUGAAUUUACCGAAGAUCAACUCAAUGCCUCUAAGACUGUGAUUGGUCUACAGGCCGGUUCAAACAAGGGCGCUAGCCAAAAGGGUAUGAGUAUGGGUGCUGUGCGGCAUAUUGCUGAUAUCAAAGCCGAUGACAUGCUGAGAGAAGGCCAGGGUAUUAUCGGUCUCCAGGCGGGUUCGAACAAAGGAGCCAGUCAAAGCGGAAUGGCCAUGGGUGCCAUUCGUCAUAUAGCUGACCAGAAAAUUGGUGAAAUGUCAGACGCUGCAAAGACCUCUCUUAACCUUCAAAUGGGUACCAACAAGGGCGCUAGUCAAUCUGGAAUGGCUAUGGGAGCAAUCCGUCACAUUGCUGACCAGAAGGUCGGUGAAAUGUCGGAUGCUGGAAAGAGCACUAUUGGAUUGCAAGCCGGUUCAAACAAAGGUGCAAACCAAAGUGGGCUUUCGAUGGGAGCUGUUCGUCACGUUGCAGAUAUCAAGGUAGACAAGAUGUCUAAGGAAGGCGAAUCUGUCAUUGGUUUGCAAGCGGGAUCGAACAAGGGUGCUAGCCAGAGUGGUAUGGCGAUGGGAGCUCUGCGCCACAUUGCUGAUAUCAAAGUAGAUGAGAUGAGCAAGGAAGGGCAAAGUGUGAUUGGCUUACAGGCUGGAACUAAUCAGUACGCCAACCAAUCAGGAAUGAGCAUGGGUGGAGUCCGUCACAUUGCUGAUAUCAAGGUCGGUGACAUGUCAAAGGAGGGUGAAGGUAUUAUUGGUCUGCAAUCGGGCUCAAAUCAAGGAGCAACCCAAGCUGGCAUGAACUUUGGAGCCCAGCGACACAUUACCGAUGUCCAAGUAGGAGAGCGCAAGUAA